UUUCUUUUUCGGAAAAAAAAAUAGUUGUACAAAAAAUGACAAAGUUUCGAUCUAGAACAAAGUUACGAAAAUUUAAUUUAUGGCUUAAUGGCUUUGAUAUAUAGAAGUAGAGAAGACAAUCACCUCAAAAACCCUUCAAAAUGAGAAAACCCCUUGUUAUUCUCACACCACUUUCAACCUUCUUAAGAGCUUCCACCUUCAUCAAUGGCGUUCCCCGCCAUUAUUUUCUCUCUCCUCCAACCUCCAAUUCCCAACCCCAGCUCCAAAUCCCUCGACCUAACUCUGAACUCAAAUGGGUAUUCUUCACUACUUCUUCACUCCCUCCACCUGAAUGGAUCGAACCCUUCACUGACAUCUCCGACGUCGUUUUACAACCCCACCAAAAUCUCCAACCCUCUAUUUGGGUUUCUCGAAUCCUCGAACUCCUCGAUGGUUCAUCAUUAAUGGAGUCUAAUUUGAGUAAUUAUUGCAAUAAGUUUUUGAUUAGAUUAACGCCUAAUUUUGUUGCUUUUGUGUUGGGUUCAACUCAGGUGAAAACGAACCCAGAUAAUGCUUUUCGCUUCUUUUGUUGGGCUGGUAAGCAAAAGAAUUAUAGUCAUAAGCUUGAAUGUUAUGUUACUAUGAUUGAUGUUUUGAGUGUUUCAAAUAAUGUUGAUAGGAUUAAGACUGUGUUUGGUAAGUUUAAGAGGUUGGAUUUUGUUAUGAAUGUGAAUUGUUUUAAUUCUUUGAUCAAGAGUUUUGGGAAUUUGGGAAUGGUUGAGGAAUUAUUGUGGGUAUGGCGGCGAAUGAAGGAUAAUGGGAUUGAACCUAGCCUGUAUACUUAUAAUUUCCUCAUGAAUGGACUUGUGAAUUCUAUGUUUAUCGAGUCGGCUGAGCAGGUUUUCGAGGUGAUGCGAAAUGGGAAAACUCGGCCUGAUAUUGUUACUUAUAAUACUUUGAUUAAAGGGUAUAGUAAGGCUGGGAAGACCGGGAAGGCGAUGGGGAUGUUGAAAGAGAUGGAAAUUGGAAAUGUAGAGCCUGAUAAGAUUACUUACAUGACUUUGAUACAGCUUUGUUAUGGAGAGAGUGAUUUUGAUGCUUGUUUGUCUCUUUACCAUGAGAUGGUGGAGAAGGGAUUGGAAAUACCACCUCAUGCUUAUAGUUUGGUGAUUUGUGGGCUUUGUAAGGGUGGGAAGUAUGCCGAAGGAAAUGUGGUUUUCGGGGACAUGAUUCAGAGGGGAUGUAAGGCUAACAUUGCAAUAUAUACUGCGUUAAUUGAUUCGUAUGUCAAGGGUGGAAAUGUGGAGUAUGCUAUCAGUCUUUUGAAGAAAAUGAAGAAAGAGGGUCUUUCUCCUGAUGAGGUUACUUGUGGCGCCAUUAUCAAUGGGCUCUGCAGGAAUGGUAGACUAGAAGAGGCCAUGGAAUACUUCAGGGUGUGCACAUACGAUGGGAUUGGUGUAAAUGCUACCAUAUAUUGCUCUCUUAUUGAUGGACUGGGCAAGGGAGGGAAAGUAAAGGAAGCGGAAAGGCUUUUUGAAGAGAUGGCUGUGAAGGGUUGCACUCGUGAUUCUUAUUGCUAUAAUGCAAUGAUCGAUGCUCUUGCAAAAUGUGGCAAAAUUGACGAAGCUUUGACACUCUUUGAUCAGAUGGAUGAUGAGGGUUGUGACCAGACAGUUUAUACGUACACCAUACUCAUAGAUGGAUUGUUUAAAAAACACAAGAAUGAAGAAGCAUUGAAGUUGUGGAAUACGAUGAUUGAUAAGGGAGUUGCACCUACUGCAGCUUCUUUCAGAGUUCUUGCAAUCGGACUUUGUCUUUCUGGUAAGGUUGCCAGGGCUUGCAGAAUUUUGGAUGACCUAGCACCUAUGGGUGUCAUACCUGAAAAUGCCUGUGAAGAUAUGAUUAACGCACUUUGUAAAGCAGGGCGCAUAGAGCAGGCUUGUAAAUUGGCUGAUGGGAUUGUUGAUAGGGGCCGAGAGAUACCUGGGAGAGUUCGUACUAUAUUGAUCAAUUCCCUGAGAAAAGCAGGAAAUGCAGAUUUGGCAAUGAAAUUGUUGCAUAGUAAAAUUGGUAUUGGCUAUGAUAGAAUGGGGAGCGUUAAAAGACGAGUAAAGUUCAGAACUCUCCUUGACAUUUAGAUCUCAGAGGUGAUUGUUCAUGAGGUGACAAAACACGUUUGGGAGAGAGGAAUCGAAUGGUAUACAACAUUAUUUAACAAGAUUUGGGUAAGUAAUAUAUGCCAUUUGAAAGGGAAAAAAGUACCCUACUCCCUUUGCAUAAGAACGAAGGCGAGGCCUAAUAUUGUGCCAAGAGUCCAAGACUGCCAAUUAUCGAGGGAUCAAACUAAUGAGUGAAAUCUGAAUAGCCUUCUGUUGGUCAAAAACUACUAUGGAUAGAGUCUGACCUUUUGUCUGACAAUCACAUUAGGAAGAGGAAAAGCAAAGUAAAUGAUUCGUCACUGAAGUAUGUGAAAUGCCUUUUAUUGUCCAACAAUUUUUAGAGGCAAGGCCUUUCACUCUUACUUUGAAGUUUAGAAGAUCAGAGAUGAAGUCAUGUUUGGACAUUAUCCAGGCCAUUGGAGGUACAAAAGCAGUGAUAUGAAAACAGAUUCAGAAAGUUGAGAAAUAAUCGUGUGUUAUCCGGAGUAUUAAAUUAUUAACUUUGUUUCAAAUAAAAUUGCACUAUUUUGACAUUUUUAA